AUGAAAACAAAGCCAAAUUACGAGUUUGAAAGAAAGAGAAUAAGAAAACAAGUAACUGAGGCGACGGAGGUUUUGAAAAGGUCAAUACGCUAUCUUAAAGACGUGAAGCACAUUGUGCCUCGUUCCAUAAUCUAUGAGUGCGCAACGGAAUACAUCAAGUAUCUGGAGAAAUGUCUUCAGCCUAAUGGACAGGUUGGGAACUUCCAUGAGUUUGUCAUGGUCAAAGUGUAUGGUAUAGAAUGGAGGCAAUCGAAACCACGAUUAGAUAAAUACUACAGAGGCAGGGUCUCUUUGAGAGACGGGUACGCCUAA